AUGUCUCUGCCUCCUUCUCUUGACGAUCUGGUCAAAACCCGGCCGACCAAUGGCAAGACGCGAUUCCUUACUAAGUCUCAACGGGAGAAGCGCAAGCAGGAGCAGGUAGUCAAACCUCCGUCUGCUGUUGUGAAGCCGAAACUUCUUAAAAAAAAGACACCAGAUCCAACUGUAGCGAGCUCCUCGAACAAACGCAAUGGAGACAUCGACGACACUGACUUCGCUCCCAUUGUGGACCUGCCCAGACGUCGGCAGGAUCUUGACUUUGACGAUGUUCACUGGUCAGAAAAAGAGCUCUCUAAAAUGACCGACAGAGACUGGAGAAUCAUGCGGGAAGACUACAAUAUCAGCACGAAAGGCGGAAAGUUGGAGAGUCCUCUGCGUAAGUGGGAGGAAAGCCAGAUCUCGCCGCUGAUUCUCCAGCAACUAGAAGCACUAGGAUACAAAGAGCCAACGCCGAUUCAGAGAGCAGCUGUUCCGAACGGGCUGACUGGCCGGGAUCUGGUGGGUAUUGCUGAGACCGGUUCGGGAAAAACGUUGGCGUUUCUGAUUCCCAGCGUGAACUAUAUUCUGCAGCUACCUCGUCUGGGCAGUUUCGAAGGCCCGUAUGUGCUGAUUUUGGUUCCAACGAGAGAACUGGCGUUGCAGAUUGAGCGAGAGUUCUCCAAGUUUGCGUCUCUCGGGUUUGACGUGAUCUCGCUGAUUGGAGGACACUCGUACGACGAGCAUGCCGCAAAGCUGGAGCGAGGCGUGGAGGUGAUAAUAGCCACUCCUGGACGGCUGGUGGACUGUCUGGAGCAGCAACUGGUGUCUUUAGGUCAGUGCUUUUUCUUGGUGAUGGACGAAGCUGACCGGAUGAUUGACAUGGGUUUCGAGAACGAUCUCAACAAAAUCCUGGAAAGCUUGCCGGAUGGGUCUGAGAAUCCGCACUACAUGGGUCCUGGCGAGCCCAAACGAACCACCAUGAUGUUUACCGCGACAAUGCCACCGCAGAUCGAGAAAAUCAGCGCCAAGUACCUGAAAAAUCCAGGCACCGUUAUGGUGGGCGAGGUCGGCGGUGCGGUCGACAGCGUUCGCCAGGAAGCCAUCCAGGUUGAUGAUUCGGAGGAGAAACGCUUGCAAAUGCUGCAGAAGGUGCUCACUCGUGGCAUCUACUCGCCGCCAAUCAUAAUUUUCGUGAAUUUCAGGAAAACAUGCGAAAUGGUGGCAGAAUUUUUGGAGCAGCUGGGGUUCAGUGCGGUGACGAUGCAUGGCUCCAAAACGCAGGAACAGCGGGAAUACGCCAUCCAGCAGAUAAAGGAGGGCAAGUCGGAUAUUCUGGUGGCUACAGAUGUGGCUGGACGAGGAAUCGACAUUCCGGAUGUGUCGCUCGUGCUGAAUUUCCAAAUGGCGAAAAAUAUCGAGGAUUACACACACAGAAUUGGACGUACUGGACGGGCCGGCAAAGAGGGUACGGCAAUCACGUUCUGGAGCGCUGCGGACGCGGAUGUGCUGUAUAAUCUCAAACAGAUGAUCACCAAAAGCCCUGUCAGCAGGUGUCCUGACGACCUGAGGAGACACCCUGCUGCGCAGAGAAAAGUGGUGAAAAACAUUGAAACCUGA